GUCCACGCCGCGACCUUUUUCUUUCUCAUUUCCCCCCAAAGUUUCCCAGUUUGAGAACGGCCAACCUCAUAUAGCGUACAGGCUUUCCUUACUAUUGAAAGCAGAAAAAUAUAUCACACAUUUCAACAUCUGUUUAACUCCUUCAGAACACGUAGCAAGAAAAGAUGCCAGGAGGUAUCUUAGCCAUCAAGCGAUACCCGGGUGGUACCGAAAAAGAAAUAUCGAAAGUGGCAGAUUGGCUGAGGGGCUCCGAGGCUCUAUAUUCUGAACCCACAGACACAGCGCCCAUGUAUUGCACCAACAAACAACGGUUGGAUCGCGUGUCUGAUAAUCUUUUGGAGAUGUUCAUUAGCGCGAUGUCGUUUCCGCCGCAUGAGACCAUCAUCGGCGCUAUCCGUUUCGAAGAACACUUUCGGAUCGUAAUUCCAAAGGGAUGGCAAGCAGACCUCAUCCCUGUACAUAGGGAUGGAGAGGUCAAGGUUGUUGAUCAAGCGUUUCUCGAUCAAACGGAUGUUGGUCAAACGGAUGUUGGUCAAACGGAUGUUGGUCAAACGGAUGUUGGUCAAACGGAUGUUGGUCAAACGGAUGUUGGUCAAACGGAUAUUGGUCAAACGGAUGUUGGUCAAACGGAUGUUGGUCAAACGGAUGUUGAUCAAGCGUUUCUCGAUCAAACGGAUGUUGGUCAAACGGAUAUUGGUGAAAAGAUCGACUCGGAGCAUUAUGCUCGAUUGGGUAGCGACGCCAAUGUAAAGAUAUUGGGCAGCUUUUUUGGCUUACUAUUUAUGUACCGCUUCGGCAGGGAGGGACAGCUAAGCCUUGGACAACGCAUUAGUGGCUUUUUAGGGAGGGUAUUUCAUCAAUGAUGAAAAAAGGUCUGAUGUUUUGUUGUGAAACUGUUCUAUGGAGAGACAGCUUCAACUAGACACUCUUAGUCAAUAAUCUGUCAUAAUUCGAAUAUUAUGUGAGCACGGGGAGAUAGCUAGUUAGGUUAUCCUUCUUCAUUCAAUGUUACCACGCGUAUUUUAUCGG